UGCCUUCCCCGCUGGUCUUGCCUCCUCCCUCUCUCGCUCCCGCAGCUGCCACGCGCCUCGCUCCCUCCCAGCAACCGCAGAACAGAAGGAAUACAGAUUUUGCUGCAUACUGUUCUAAGUGCUGUUCAUCUUGUUACUGCCAAGUGUCAAGCUGCUGAGGCUGUAACUGUAACGAAGGCUGAUCGACUGACACGCUUAGAGAGAAGGACAGACAAAGGGUAGUGCUUCUGUUAACACAGUGCACGUAAAUUUGUCCCAUCGCUUGUAAAGUGCAAGAAGUUAAGACUUAGACGUGCCUGAGGAAACUAUGACAGUGAGAACCGAGGGAACACAGAGGAGUAUGCAGCCAGCGACGCCCAUCUCUCACCAAGCGUAGUACACACUCACACAUACACGCAUACACACACACACACACGCAUAAACGCACACAUCCGCACUCACACACGCAAUCACUAACGGGACCAUGUGGCACUUUGUUCAUGUGACGUCACCUCCUGUCUGAGUCGAAAUCUAGUCACCCUUAUCCUUCCGCCGAGCCAAGAUGCCAGAACAGAGUAACGACUAUCGGGUGGUGGUGUUCGGGGCAGGAGGCGUGGGCAAGUCGUCCCUGGUGCUGCGGUUCGUCAAGGGCACCUUCAGGGAGUCGUACAUCCCCACCAUCGAGGACACGUAUCGCCAGGUGAUCACGUGCAACAAGAACAUUUGCACGCUGCAGAUCACAGACACCACUGGAUCCCAUCAGUUCCCGGCCAUGCAGCGGCUCUCCAUCAGCAAGGGCCACGCCUUCAUCCUGGUGUACUCCGUCUCCAGCCGCCAGAGUCUGGAGGAGCUGCGCCCGAUCUGGGAGGUAAUACGUGAGAUCAAAGGCACCGAGGAGGAGUUCCCCAUCAUGCUGGUGGGAAACAAGUGUGACGAGAGCGACGCCCGAGAGGUGCAGAGUGCCAUGGGGGAGAACCAAGCCAAGGCGUGGAAGUGCAACUUUAUGGAAACGUCGGCCAAGACCAACCAUAACGUGAAGGAACUCUUCCAGGAACUGCUCAACAUGGAGAAGAACAGAAACAUGUCUCUGCAGCUCGACGGCAAGAAAAAUAAGUCACAAAAGGGCACUCGUAAAAUAAAGGAGAAAUGCCUCCUCAUGUGAAGAGGAAGGGAGAGGAAAACAGGAGAACGGACAGUGGAUAGAGGAGGAGCAGGAGAGAGAAGUGUACCUUGACUGUGAUGAACAAGGUGGGGCGUCCCUGGUGUGCCAAAGACACAGCUGGUGUGGCCUGGCACCGCCGCCAGCGGGACACUCCCCUGACUCCCUCAACCCGCCGACAGGGUGCUGCUGCUGCCGCCGCCGCUGCCGCUCCGGGUCAAGUGUUGCCGGCACGCGACAGUGGUGCGACGUGUGGCCUCAACGUUCCAUAAUACUGAGCACAAUAUCCAUGGCAAUAUCGUGGCAUAAUGAGGGGUGACCUGACCUCACCUGGCGGCGAUGAACGUACCUGCAGGUCUACCGAGGCCGCGUCCGGCCAGACCUUCUGCCUCACAGGGACCAGUUUCUCCUGCACAACAUGAGCGUAUCAUAGUGUACACAAGUGUUCCCCUUCGGCCAGCCUCGACGUGCGCGGCAGGGCGGCCAGACGACUCUGUGCUGUACUUCAAAGGCAACGAUUCUUAGCCCUUGAGAUUUUUUUUUAUUGUGUCCGCUGUAGUCCCUCGCGCAGACUCCUGGUCGGUAGAUGAUAAAACAGGGCGGCGUGUGGGACACCCGCGCGGCCAGUCUCUUCCCACAAGUUAUUUCCAGUAUUGACCAUCAGUCGUGUAUGCGUGUUAGUGAUGCUCCUUUGCGGGAGUGGACACCGCGGGAGGCGAGAGUGCUGGCCGCCGCGCUGGGACCCGCGCCUCCCUCCCUCAGUAGCUGACGUAGUGGGAUUAGUUAGCGUUGUUUACACCGCCGGGGGCGCCCGCUAGAGGCUCCACCUUCACAUAUAUUCUCUGUCUCAAAGAACGAUUUUUUUAUUACUAUUAUUUUUGUUGCGGUGGGAGAGGCGAGGUGCGCGGCGCGGCGACGCAGGACGCCCGCCCCGCCACGCCCGCCCUCGCCCACCUCAAGGAGUAUUUUGCAUUUUUCCAGUUUGAGGAUAUUACUUGUUUCAAGUACGUAUAUAUAAAUACAUGAAUAUAUAGAUAGGUUUAUAUGAUAUUGUAUUAUAAGGCAUCGCAAUAUACAACAUAUAUAAAGCAAGAGAGCUCUCGAGAUGAAGGCGAGGAGAGUGAUGGGGCGAGGGACGUGGUGACCAGAACGAGAAUCAAACACGAAGCUCUCCAGGAGGCCGGGAAGCCGCCUCUGCGUGUGACUGUUUCCCCCCGCAGCGGCAUCCCCCCUCGGCACCCACCUCUCUUCCCUGGGCGGAGGGAGGCUGGGGAGGGGACGAGGGGAGGCACUCAAACUUAUCCCCCUCUUCCCUGUCUCCUCCACGCCCCCCUCCUCCCUCACACCUCUUGUAUUUCGAGUUCCAUUGUAAUAUAUCACGAAUAACUUUUUUUUUUUUGUUGUUGUUCCUCUUAGUGAACGGAUAUUGUUGGUAUUAAAGUAGCACCUUACUGUGUGGAUGUGGAGAGAGAGAGAGAGUGUGUGUGUGUGUGUGUGUGUGUGUGUGUGUGUGUGUGUGUCCCAGCUAAGGUCUUCCACUUGGUAAACUCACGCGUACCGAGUCCCGGCCCUGUGUACCAUGGCUAGACCUGAACCAACACUACCAUGACACCACCUGUACCAUCUGUUAGCAUUACCGUCACCUACACUAGCCGUACCGUGACUCGCUGGCUGCUGCACCACGGCCCGUCACGCUGUACUGUACCACCACCAUACCAGUGUUACUCGCGUGCCCGCCUUCCAGCCACAUCCUCCGGCUUGCCACUGCGCCAUUACAGUGUCCCCAUCUCAUGUAACUUUCACUUUCCUAUUCUUUCUGUGCUUUGUUUUGAGUUCUUGGUUCACGGGUCUUGUUUUGUGUGUUUCGUGUUUCAUCAGUGAUUCAGUCAGUAGCGAAGACUUAUGACCUCCACCUACUCGUCAGUUAUAAUAGAGGAUAUUACUGGAUCAUCUAUAAACGUGAUAACUUAAACAAAGGAGUGUAAUGUUUGACUUGAUUAUGUCUUUCAGUGAUUUGUGAGUCGUACUUAAGUAAAGGAGACGCAGUUCUAAUGAAUGAGUAAUUGAAGAAUCUGUGUAUAAACUCCAUAUUUAAGUAAAGGAGACGCAGUUCUGAUGGAUGAGUAUUUGAAGAAUCUGUGUAUAAACUCCAUAUUUAAGUAAAGGAGACGCAGUUCUAAUGGAUGAGUAAUUGAAGAAUCUGUGUAUAAACUCCGUAUUGAAAACAACAGGGUCUUUAAUGUCUUCUAGAAAGUAGUGCAAUUGACGCCUUAGUAUUGAAAGGAUUGUGUUUUUUUCUUUUAAUUUCCAAUCUUUUCAUACAAAUCUACCUCCUUUACCUCGACGUAUUAUAGCAUACUCUUCUCGCUUCCUUUUUGUCUACACAGUUCAUUUUCACAGGUUCAUUAUUAUUUGUUCCAUAUUCCUUCCAUCCAUCCAUCCAUCCUUCCUUCCUUCCUUCCUUCCUUCCUUCCUUCCUCCCAGGCAUUAUACUGGAUAGGAAUCAAUGAAUCUAUAGUGUUCACUCUUUUGUUUUUUGUUCUAUGCUUACAAAAAAUAAUUUUUUUAAGAGUCGUGAAUUGUUGUAGCAGUGAAAGGGUUAAAACUUAAAAAACUGAAAUUUUUAUCCAGACUUAUUCACUAAAACCUCCAAUUCUUGAAGCAACUUAGUGAAAUCCAAACCUAAACUCACUCAUUGAUCUCUCAAGUACACAAGGCAACUUUUUUAGUCUCAAAGCCGCUACAAAUGAACACACUCCUUAUACAAACCCACUUGAAUCCGAUCAACAGUGCCUACAUCCGAACCCACUCUCUGAUCCCCCUCAUUCGUAGAGUGACUCACUAUCGACCUUGAGACAGUGCUAAAUUCCAAACAAGAUUAAUGAACGAUCACCUAACGACAUCCAGGUAUCGCUGCUGCCCUGAUUAACUGAAUUACUGAGGUCGUUUAGCUAUUAUCUCCGCCACGCACUAAUGUUGAUGUAGGUCUCGAGGUUGGAGGGAAGGGAAGGACUGUGUGUGUGUGUCUGUGUGUAUGUGUGAUGGUGGUGAUGUAAAGGGAGGUUGUGGAUGUUCUCUUAUGGUGUGGCUUUCCUAAGAGAGUAAUUAUUUAGAGUGUUAUGUUGCCUUUCAUCCUUCCCUGGAAUCUCGGAGGUUGGAAGUGAUACGUGAGAAAAGAAACAGAUAAAUGAAAGUAGUGUUGAAAAAAAAUGAUGUGAUGAUGAUGAUGAUGAUGAUGAAAGGAAGAAUUCGUGUUUUUUUUUAUAUAUAUAUAUAUUUUUUUUUUAUUUGUCUAUUUUUUAGAUGUUGAGUAAUUUGAUGUUUGUCUUUUUUUUUCGAGUGAAUGACUUAAAAUCUAAAUAAAAAGGAAUGAAGUGAUAAAGAUGAGAGAAGUGUGAAUAGAUAUUUCUUAUACAAUUAUUUACCAGAUGAGAAAUGACUUAAUUCUUUUUUUGUGUGUAUUUAUUUAGCAUUAUUAUUUUCAUAGAGAUAUUUUAAAGCUUCUAAUCCAACUACAUGAGAUCUGAACCCUGACCUUCUUAGCGAACCUAUCCUUUACGUCGUGAUUAUUCCAGCUCUGUCACUCACUCACGCCAAAGAAGUGAAGAGAGUGUUGUAGGUUCAGUAAGGCUCACACUAAACUACCCAAUCAUUGAACUUUGAGACUUGUGGCACUUUCAGGACUUUGUAAGGAAAUUGUUCCUUGUGGAUUAUGAGUACAAGGGAGGUUUAAAGAUGCGACUGUAUUUUAGGUUAGGUCACUGUGUUCCCUCCUUUUGAUCUGUUUUACCUUGCCUAUUUUGUUUUUAUUUCCUACCUUUUUUUUUUCUCUCUCUCUCUCUCUCAUUCUCGAUCUCGUCCUUCCCUCCUUCUGUAACUUUUAUUUCAUGUCUUCCCGUUCUCUUACCUUUCCUUAUUUGUUCUACCUUCUUUCCUUCCUUCCUUCCUUCCUUCCUUCCUUCCUUCCUUCCCUGACUCAGAACCAUGACCGUCUCCUACUUUUCUUACCUGUUCCAUCUAUUUUUCUUUUCUUUACUAACCGUCAUCUAUCUCUGUCUUACCUUUCCGUGUCUUUUCCAUCCUCUUUCUUCUUUUACUACCUGUCAUCUUCUACCUUUCCUUGCCUUUCUCAUUCUCUCCUUUUACUCUCCUUGUCUUACAUGUUCCAUCUCACUUCCCUUACUUCCUUAUUCAGCCAUGCCUCCCCCCUACCUUCCCGUGUCUCUCCCAUCCUAUUCCUGCUCUUCCUUUCUCCCUAUUCGUCAUGCCUCAUUCCUGCUUCCUCAACCUGUUGCCUUCCGUCCCAAGCCCUAGUUAAAGUUCGCUUCAUUGCCUUUUGACCAUUCGUAAUAGUCUUCCUAUCGUGUGGGACUUUUUCUGUCGUGUUAUCUUUUUAAAUCUUGCUAUAUAUUUUUUUCUUUAAUUUCCCUUCGUCUUUUUCAUGUUCUCGUUUUCUUUUUUUCUGUGCAGUCUUUCGUGUUUUCCGCCUUAAUUUGUCUUUUUCUCUCUUCAUCUCGGUUCUCUCGCUAAUACCUUUUACAUUUCCAGCCUUGCGUGACAUCUCCACGUCACCCUGGUCCCUUUUCCUUUACCUUGUCAGCCUCGCAGCUCCUCAUACCCUAAUACUCUCAUCCUAGCAUCUGUUUCCCCUCAUCCUGCAUCCCCUCAGGUGUUCAUCCUCUCAGACACACUGUUUCACCCAAGCAUCCUUCCCUCAUCCCACUAUCCUUCGUAUAUUAUCUUAUCUCAUUCCCUCAUCCUCAAAGUUUAUCUCAUCCUUUCAUUCCUUUAUUACCUUCCUCAUCCCCACGUGUCCGCAUCUUGUCAUCCUCCUCUCCCCAACCCUCUUCUCCCUCUCCUUCUCUCCUCCCCAAUCCUCGUAUCCCAUUCAGUGUUCUGCUUCAUGGCUCUGUUCCGCGUGGACGAUAAGAACCCCAUUUUCAACUCUUUUGUUCUCCCCCAAAAUCAAUAUGGCCGACCUCACCCUCUGUCCUAUUUUUAGAAGUUAAUAUUUUGAGGUACGUUGACCGUGUGUGUGUGUGUGUGUGUGUGUGUGUGUGUGUGUGUGUGUGUGUGUGUGUGUGUGUGUGUGUGUGUGCAGCGUCCCUGAUGGACAUCCAUACCACUACACGCGCGUGCUUCCCUCAGAACAAAGCAUUAGGCACUGUAUUCUACCGGUAAUGUCCGCUGGAUGGCGCUGGUUGGGGUCAGGAGGGCACGGUGUAGUGACAGCACGAAGAGAAGAUCAAUACGUUUAUUUUCUCUUUCUCGUUUCCAUAACAAAUGUCAAAUAAAGUCCAAACCUUUUUUUUUAGUCACAAUUUUCAAUCCCACACGAGGAUUGAUGAUGAUGAUGAUAAUGGUGAUAAUGUAGCUGUUUUUACUCAUGUGUUUGAAUAAUAAAAGCCAUCACGUAUUCCUGAAAGUGACGUCAACAAUACCACAAUACCUGUGUAGCUGAGGGACUGCGUGGUUACCUUACUGACGUGUCCUGUCCCGAUUCUACAUACAUACAUACAUGAGAGUUCAUAAUCCUGCAAGAUGAGGAGGAGGGGAUUCGAAAACUUGAUCUAUACACGCACCAGGAGACCACGGAGGGAAGAGAGGCAGCUGGUGACGUCUUGUUCUGAUGCUAAACUAUAUCAUUAAGAAAACUCUGGAACCGCUUUCUCAAACAUUCCAGCGUCUUACCGCGACUAAAUGGAUUCGAAAACUUGAUAUUUACACUCACCAGGAGGCCACGGAGAGGACAGGCAGCCAGUGAUGUCUUGUUCUGACGCUAAAGUACCAUUGAGAAAAACUCGGGAAUCGCGUUUUCAAACAUUCCAGCGUCCUACCUCUACUUUGAACAGACAGUAAUAGAAGUUGUAAGGUACUCUAAGGGUGUUUUUGUUAUUCUAGUGUGAGUUUGAUUAAUUCUCUGCAUCUUCAUUGCGAAAGAAAACAUCUGUGGAACCUGACUAGUAACAUCUAUAGCAUCUGAAAAAAGAAAGAAAAGAAAUGAGAGUCUGUGAAGUACUGGGACGAUUCUCUCACAAAAUGUCCGAUUAAAUGUUCACACAGCAAAACGUGACUGCCAGAAGGAAGCUCUCUGUUAUUUUUAGACUGGCUGAGGAAGGAAGGCAAGAAGGGAGUAAUUGGAAUUUUCUCCUUAUCGUUGUCAAGGAGCGGUACCUGGCGGUCGUUUUUCUAUUCUCUCUCUCUCUCUCUCUCUCUCUCUCUCUCUCUCUCUCUCUCUCUCUCUCUCUCUCUCAUCAGCAUCCACGUCCAGGAGGCAAAAAGAGCAAUGAAAGUAGGUAGGAAGUGAAGGGAAAAAUAGCAGCUAGUUGACAGGCACUUUGCAGCUCAUUAGGUGAAUCUCUUUGAGGACGUAACGCGUUUACCAGUUAAUAUGUGGAAUGAGGACUAGCUGUUUGUUUCCUGCUCAUCUGCUGCUCGCCGCGUCCCGUCCCCCCGAUACCUCCAUCUCACUGUUUUUUAAAAGGUAGAUUUUUUAGGAACUGCACCACCGUCGAAAGCAAGAGCAAGAAUUAGGAAUACGUCAAUAAAGAUACGAGUUUAUACAUCGUUUGAUUUUUUUUUUUUUUUAUGUGUGUGUGUGUGAGGUUAGUAAAUUUGGCUAAUUCAGGGAAAUUUACAGCAAUGAUAAUUACAAAAGUAAAAAAACAUAAUUAUUCACAACACUGAAAAUCAUAACAAAUAAAGAAGUUAAUUACAAUAAAAAAAAAAAAAAAAUGUCUCGUGGUGCUCUCAAUUCCGCGGUCAGCCAACGAGUAGGGGGUGACAGUUGACAUAUACGAUAAACUCUGACACUAAACGAAUCUUCCGUCACAGGCGCUCGACACUGCGUACCUUAGCAUCUCAUCGGAAAGACACUGUCAUUACCAUCCUGCGCGUAUAAUUGACUGAUAUUUAUUGGUAUUAAAAGGUACUAAAGGCUACCCCAUGGCAUAAUGAUAAUAGUAAUAAGGAGACGUAGAAAGUUCAUGAUAAUACACCUAAGGGGUCUUGAACAUAGCAACAGUCAGGGGUUCAGUUAACGUGUCGUGCUUAAGACUUCCUCCUACUGUGGUUACCUUUCUCCUUUCAAACAAUCCCUCAGGUGUGCUAAGAAUCUGUUCCCGGGUUUUGUUAUCAGAUUGUCAGUGGAUGAGAGGACUUCAAAUUGAGACAGAGAGAACAUGAGGUGGAAAUUAAUGUAGGUUGCUGGACUUUUGAACUUGACUGUACUACUUCCCACCCCUUAAUGAGUAAAGUGUAGCAGUGACCAUCCUUUUCCUCACGUCACAUCUGCUCGUCCCUCUCCCGGAAAAGUUCGUACAAGUAUUCACAGUUAGUCAGUCCGUCAUCUCCUCACAAAAAGGUCAGCGCAUAUGCCUCGAAUAUACUUUCCACUUGGUAGUUUGCCAGUAGAUCAUUCAUAACUACACUCUCUGACGUCAUUUCCUCUCGUUCACCCAGUCCUAACAGCAUCCAAAGUUAUUAGACACAAAUCCAACGCAAAUUCUUACCCUCAAGUAUUUUUCGACCUCCUAGAAAUGUAUAAGUAUGGAAGACCGAAGUUAUACGUAAUUUUCCUUCAUCCUUCAUCCCUUGCGUCACAUCUGCUCGCUCAUUCCCUCCUUCGGCUCCUUCCAGCAGCGUCCCAAGGUUUCCGACAUCCUCUCCUCGUUUGUAAGGUUGUCUCGUCGAACCCGAUACGUUAUACUAAGCCUGUUAAUGAUAAAACUUGCGUGCAUGUGAGAGGUUUGUGUAUAUAUCGUGUUUCGUCCUACCUGCCUGCGUGUGUGUGUGUGUGUGUGUGUGUGUGUGUGUGUGUGUGUGUGUGUGUUCGGUUUUUCCUCACUGAUUUAUGUCGCUACUUAUGUACAUUGCCUGCCAUUGCAUAUUUCUCGCCAUGUUUCCCAAGUUCCAAAGGCUCAAUUUUUUGUAAUCAGUGGUUAUCUUAUUGAGAGAGAGAGAGAGAGAGAGAGAGAGAGAGAGAGAGAGAGAGAGAGAGAGAGAGUAUACAUGACAACACUAUACGACAGGUGAGCCUCACGUAACCAGGUGGUGCAGGUUAAUUACUGUACAUACAUAGAUACAUACAUACGUACGUACAUGAUAAAACGAAACCUAGGAGAAUUCCCCGCCCAGCCCCUCCCUGCCCGCCCUCUGCAGCCAACACACAGAUAACAAUGAUAAAAAUACCUUAAAAGAAUGCUAUGAAAGUACAAGGUUGUGUCUGUUCCUCGGUCACGGAAACAUCAGCCACCUUAACGAUUUAUCUAUUUAUUUAUAUUUUUCUUUUUAUAUAUGAUACAUUAAUUCCUGCAUUUUUUUUUUUGUUUUUUCACUUGUGUUUAGUUUUUCAUCUGUACAGUGUUGAUGUAAGUUAGUUUUCUGUGUGUGUUUUUUUUUUUCUUUUUAAUGACAGAUUAACCCUGCAUUUAUUUAUUUAUUUUCUAUUCAGCAGUGUGUUUAGACUUCCUGUACAGUGGUAGUAUAAGUUAGUCUUAUUUUUGUUUUGCUGUGUUUAUCGUUCAAAUUAUUAUCAGAAACAUGAAUAAAUAUACGUAUUUCUUCGUGUUUCUAGUAAUUUGCCAUAACUCAUACUAAUACUGCACUGGUAAAGCCAAAUGUUACCGUUUCAAAAAGCAGGUAUAGAUUCAGUAAGGAUCAGGAAGGUUACCUAAAAACUUGUCUUAAUUCCAAGCAACCAAACCUUGUCUAACCCUGUCUCUUCUAACACAAACCUACCUGUGUUUGAGAUGGGUCAGGACUUUUGAUAAGGUUAAGCUAAGUAAGCUUACCUAAUCUAAUUAACCUAAACUAGGUGAACUUAAUCUAAUUUUACUUACUCUACGCUAACCUGACUUUCCCUAACCUAACCUGAUUUAACUUAUUCUGAUCAAAUAUUAUCCUUACCUAAUCUAACCUAACCUAACCUAUCCAAAUAAUAAACAGGGUGGCUGAUUUUCAUGUGAUUUUCCCUUUUCUGCUUUCCAAUGUGGCUUGCCUUCCUUCCUCCCUCACCGGUUGGCUUGGCAGCGCGGCGGCAGGGCAUGCGUGUGAAGGGUAUCCAAGCGGGGGACUAACAUAUCCAAACGAGCAGUUAAGAGUGAAUCGAGUGUAAUAAUCUUCUACAAUAGCUCCCAUUAUCGUGGUUGGUUUCAUUUUUUCUAUGAUAGUUCGUGACAGUUACUACUAUACUUGUUCUCUUCCCCGCCUCUGCAUGCAGACGGCGGGGUGCGCAUCGCAUAUUAAUAUAAAUAUUGCAUAAUAAUAAAUAAAAACAAGGGUAAUAUGGGAGGGAUGGUGACUAAAAAAAAAAAAAAAAAAAAAAAUCUAAAAAGGGUAUUAAACAUGUACAUACAUAUUUUAUUUAUUUAUUAUGUAACGUGUUGCAAUUAACGUUUUAAGUGAUGUUGAAUUAUCACACACAUACACACACAAAGAGUUCUUAGUGGUCUGCCUCGCUCCCUCCUUCUCGCCUUCCCUCCGUCUCCCUUUCAUCUUCCUUCAGUUUUCUUCCUAUUCUUUCUCGGUUGCUACAGUCUUCACGGGUCCUAAAUUUUGUCAUGUUAAUGUUAAAUCCACCUAAGUGCGUCACUGCAGCAUAAUAUGUCUGAGUUCAGCACGAGGGUUUACAAAUUGGAGCAAGUUUACUGUCCAUGUGUGUGUAUGUGCGUGUUCCUUGUUGCUUGUCCUUGUUAAAUUGACUGAAAAUAACGAGCAACAGGUGAAACACACACACACACACACACACACACACACACACACACACACACACACACACACACACACACACAAUAAAGAAAAUACAAACAACGAAAGCUAGAACAAAAACAAAACGAAAUAAAACAACAGAAACAUGUGAUCAACAGCAAAAACAACAAAAACAAAACAAAACAAAACAAAACAAAACACAAGAAACCAACAAAACAAACAACUUGCUAUCAUAAUACUCUAGUAUCUGAUCACGGAGGGAGAGGAGAAAGGUAAGGAAAGAGGAAGGAGGAAGAGGAAGUGUUGAAGGUUAUGGAGGAGAAGGGGAGGAGAGUCAGGAGUUAACAGUGUAGCCUCUUCCUCUUCCACGUUCCCCGGGGCUCAACACUUGUAAGACAUUUAUAAUUCACGACUCCUGUAUGAAUAUUUCCGGUACGCAAUAUCUACGGCAUCAAAAUAAAUUAUCCAAGUGAA